UCAACAAAAUGGCGCUGUGUUCAACUUAGUGUUUUACUUUAAAAAUGGCCGUUGUUUCGUUUCAUAUUCAAAGACACUGAAAUAUGAUAAAAACCAAUAAGCUACUACGGCUUAAAACAAAAACAGGCCGACUUCUCGAUGUUGUUCGUGAGCACUAUCUGCGGAAAGAUGUUCCUUGCCAUAGUGAAGUUUGUGCCGUUUGCGAACAAGGCAAUGGAACUUUGCUUUCUUCAUCAUUGACACACUAUGUAGUUCCUGAUUGCAAGGUUUCAAGGCUGUUUCUUGAAAUAUUUGAGAGCCCAGAAAUUCAAGGAGUAAUUUUCUUUGAAACAGUGGUUAAUUAUGUCCAACACCAAGGAGGGAGAAAACUUCACUCUCAGCUAAAAAAUAUUGUGAAUGAUAACAGGCAGCAGAGCAUCAUUUUCAGUAAUGAGUUCUGUGAUGGAGCCUAUGUUCCCAGGGAACCAGGAGAGCCUUUGGAAGAAUGGCAGUGGAGGUGUAUUUACACUGGUGCUGUUUGGUAUCAGAACCAUUUAAAUCAAGCCAUGCCCAUUGUCAUCUUAACAGAAGAUCAGCAGAUUGUGGAAAAUUAUGGAAAUAAGUCUGUGGGAGUAUUUGUCAUGGGAACGGAGGACUACCUCACUAAUUUCUAUUCCACUUGUCAAUCAAUUCUGGAGUUGUACUAUUCACUGGCAGCUGUAAAUAAUGAUGCAAAUGAAUCAGUGAGUGAGGCAUCCACUAAAGAAUAUGAAGAAUACUUACCAGCCGAAGUUCUUGAAGCUGGAAUUAAAGCUGGUCGUUACUUGCAAGGAUGUCUCAAUGUCAACAAACAUUGCGCGCAAGAUGAGGCAUUUGUUCAAAAGUCAGGCAACGGCAUUUCAAAUAGCAAGGACUCAUUAGACUCUGAUGUACUUAUCACUGGUGUGGUGAAUAGAAAUCGGGCAGUACAUGGUGAUAUUGUAGUGGUGGAAUUAUUUUCAAAAUCUCAGUGGAAGGGCAGAUCUUUGGCUAUCAGAAGCAAAGAUGAAGGUGCAGAUGAGUCUAGAGACGACCAAAGCGAUGUCAUGCCAACUGGUCGUGUGGUGGGAGUGGUGCAAAGGAAUUGGAGAGAUUAUGUUGCAAGUUUUGCAGAAAAUGAGGAAACUCAGGGUGUAAGGAAACAAGCUGGAAAGGUCGUUGUAGUGCCGUGGGAUUACCGUAUACCUAAAAUACGGAUAAGUACGCGUCAAGUUGACAGCUUACGAGAUCACAGAAUCGUCGUACGGAUCGAUUUUUGGGAGGUGGACUCUAUGUACCCGAGUGGACAUUUCGUUCGUUCUUUAGGCCCUAUUGGUGACCUAGAGACCGAGAUUCAAGCCUUGAUGGUAGAACACACCUUAGCAGCGCCCUCAUUCACUGAAGCACAACUGAAGGAGCUUCCGACCAACACACCCGAGAGCCCCUGGGUUAUGUCUGAGAUGGAAAUAGCAAAACGGCGGGAUUUACGGAAAUCACAUCUGAUCUUCAGCAUUGAUCCAAAAGGAUGCGAAGAUGUUGAUGAUACUCUGUCUGUCAGAACAAUGAAACGUGGGCAGAUCGAGCUUGGUGUUCAUAUUGCAGAUGUGUCUCACUUUGUCAGACCAGGGUCUUUGACGGACGCCGAGGCUAAAGCCAGAUCCACCACGGUGUACCUGGCUGAUCGAAGGUUUGACAUGCUACCAGAAGUGCUUAGUGCGGAUCUGUGUUCACUAAUUGGAGGUGUUGAUAGGUAUGCUGUUAGUGUUCUGUGGGUUUUAGACUCGGAAUACAAUGUUGUGAAGACAUGGUUUGGUCGAACGGUCAUACGAUCUUCCUACAAGCUGUUUUACGAGGCAGCGCAAGCCAUUGCUGAUGGAGAGACGGGCGACGAAGACCUCAUUGAAGACAUUCCAGAAUUACAAGAAGUCGAUCGAAAAGAAGCAUCUAAAAGGUUAUCAGAAAUUCGAAAAACGGUGACGAAACUUAUGGAUAUUGCAAGAGUGAUAAAGACAAGAAGAACCAUUCACGGAGCCUUGGAGCUGGAGGGUGUCGAGGUUCAAGUCCAGCUGGGUGAUAAGAAGGACAUUAAAAAUUUAAUUCCUAAAAAGCCCUUGGAAAUUCAUGAAACUGUAGCCGAGUGUAUGAUAUUUGCUAAUCACUGGGUGGCUAAGAAGAUUGCUGAAGCUUUCCCAAGUGCAGCUCUGCUCCAAUAAAUCUCUGGCUGACUCACUUGACGAGUGCAUUGAUCCACAGGAUCCCAACUUUAACAAGUUGGUCCGUUCUCUUGCAACUCAAGCCAUGUCAAAUGCCCUUUACUUCUCGACUGGUUCGUUAUCUCCAGAAAAUUUUUUUCACUAUGGUCUCGCCUUGGAUCAUUACACGCAUUUCACUUCACCGAUAAGGAGAUAUGCGGACGUCAUCGUUCACCGACUCCUUAUGGCAGCAGUUGAAAAUGACAGUAAUAACCAACUACCAAACAACAAAGAACUUCACGAGACUUGUCAUCAUAUCAAUAUUAAACACAGGGCUGCUCAGAACGCCCAGAAGGAAUCUGUGGACCUUUUUCAAUGCUUGUUUUUUCAAGAUUUAUCUGAAGACGAUGAGAGACGGAACUGUGACGCUGUUAUUUUCAACCUCAGAGCCAAUGGGUUCCUAGUAUUUGUUCCUCGAUAUGGUUUAAAAGGUCCAGUUUAUCUCAAGGACAAAAUGGGACAAGUAGUAACUUCUCGUAUAACAGAGGAUUCGGUGUUUUUUGGCCCAGGAUCGCUUUCCCGUCACGAGUUUCACAUUACAGUCAAGAAUGCAGCGGGAUCCUUUGAUUUUCGACUAUUUGAUCACGUCCAGGUACGAAUUUCCGUCGCUAAAGCCCGUGCGCAUGCUCAGUCUUUGAAACUGGACCUACUGUCUCUGGAAACGAGACAGACUCCGCCACUGGGUGAAAUAGAGACUCAAGAUGAAGUUUCCCAUAAGAUGCAAAGAAGUGAACUUGUUAAGGAAGUAAAGUCAAGUCGAAAUGACCAAGACAAAGUUAGUGGAACCCAAAAACUUGACGGCGACUUUGCUAAACUCAAAUCCGAGUUUGGCCAAACGCACGAGAGCGUGAGCCUAUACUGUCUAAUGCAGUUCUUGAGAGAAAUGUCGCUGAGAGAUGAUGGUGGUUAAGGAGACAUGAUGGCCGUAAAUUUUCCCGUUAGACUUUUCUGCCACUAAAGCUUUUAGGCAAUAACAUUACUAAAUACACCAAGUCUAGCUAGAAAUCUAAAAAAAAACAAACAAACAAACAAACAAACAAACAAAAAUAACACUUCAACCCGGAGAGAAUACUGAUUAUGCUAAAAGUAUAAGCAGUUGUAGGGGUGGGAACGACUGCACAUGGAACAUCGGCAGUGGCAGCUACAGUAACCAGAAUUGUGGCAAGUUAUGCACAGAGUCUAGUAGCACCUGAUCGUUAUUUACCCAUGGUCACUUAGCCUGCAGAACAGGCGAUACUUGUUUAUUUGUUUUAUUUGCAUUUCUCAAGCGAAAAACAAGUUAUGCACAGACCACUUGAGUGUUAUUUUUAUCCAUGGUCUCCCAGCCUGCAGAACAGAUGUCAUUUGUUUUGCGUUUUUCAGGCGAACGCAGGCAAGCACGAGGCGAGCGCGAAGCGCAAAUCAUGAGAGAAGAGGGGGGAGCACGAAAAAAAAAUGACGUCUGUUCGCACACCAUUGUUCAAGCUGUCCGGCAAUCAGAUAUGAACGCCGCUACCCAAUUAGUUACCUGCUGAAGCGCAAAUAGUGCGAAAGUGAUGCAUCGCUGUCGAAAAUUCUCUUAACCCCUUCUUGUUAAAUAGAGACCAAGUAAACGCAGAAAAACUCUUCUGUUAUUCACUUGUCUUAGGCGGAACAUCGUAAGUUUGUAAUGUAUAAAGCUAAACUUGGAAGGGUACAUUUUCUCGACAUCAGGUAAAGUUGUAUGUCACUGCCUAACAUACUGCUUACAUGUAUAAUUCUCGCUCCUUUAAUUUUUAAUAAAGAUGAAUCACUUGGAA